AAUGUAAUAACUGUUAAAACAUUGUCGGGAACAACAGUUAAGGGACAGACACUACAUGUGCUUAAUAGAGAUGUCCAUCAGUUUCUGAACAUACCGUUUGCCGAACCACCAGUCGGUGACCUCAGGUUUGCCAAACCGGUGCCAAUAAAAGAACCCAAAAAGGAUGUUAUCGAUGGCACCAAAUCGGGUAACUCUUGUAUACAAAACUUGAGUCCAGAAAUGAAACAAUUUGUGGGAAAUUUGCAACAAAGUGAAGACUGUCUGGUACUCAACGUAUGGACACCGAGUCUGGAGACUACUGGCCUCAAACCGGUCAUGUUUUGGAUAUAUGGCGGCGCUUUCAGUAUGGGUUCAAUAUUUCAAUUGAUGUACAACGGAUCGGUGUUGGCCACCAAUGAUGUUGUGUUUGUUGCGGCCAACUAUAGAGUGGGUGAACUGGGCUUUCUAUAUGGUGGCCACGAGUCGGCACCGGGAAAUGCCGGUCUAUACGAUCAGUUAUUGGCACUCAAAUGGAUAAAAGAUAAUAUUGAAAGUUUUGGCGGUGACCCCAAUCAGGUAACUAUUUUCGGUGAAAGUGCCGGCAGUUGGUCUGUAUCGGCACAUCUACUAUCGCCACUGUCCACAGGCCUAUUCAAACGGGCUAUUAUGCAGAGCGGGUCAUUGAUGUUCAAUAAGGACAUACCGAUCUCGGAUACUGUUCGAGCACUGACUAAAGCUAAACAAUGGGCUCAGAAACUCGGUUGCGAUCCCUAUGACUACAAAUGGUUAGCCUGUUUGAGAUCAGUUGCCGAUCCCAACCUAUUUAAUGAAUUGCCAGCAAAUGGCGGUCUAUUUCAAGUAAAUUUCCCGGUAUUUGGUACCGAAUUUUUACCCCAUAUUCCACAAAAAACAUUCAACAAAAAACUCUACAAUUAUGAUGUUGAACUAAUAGCCGGUUCAACCAAAGAUGAAGGUCCACUGUUGGCCAUAAUGUUGUAUCCAAUACUUAUGAAUCCCGAGUUCAAUGUGACCGGACUGACCAAUUUGGUCGCCGAAAUCAAUGGACAAAUGUUCAACAAUAUAGACGUCCGGAAAGUUGUAGACUAUUAUUUGCUGGGAGUCGACGACCGUACAGAUCCAGUCCAACUGCGGCUGGCAUUCAGCCAACUAUACGGCGAUCUAUUGAUUACGUGUCCGACCUAUCGUUUCGCCCGAGAGUUUGCGGCCAACAGCAACCCGUCGGACAACAACACGGUUUGGUACUAUCGAUGGAAUCAUCCGAUGUAUACAGCAGUCAAUGGCCAGGAGCUGGAUAUGAAAAUGUUUGGUCUACCGGACGACUCGGUACUACACGGAGCCGAUAUGGGCUUUACAUUUGGGUAUCCAUUAGUGGCACCGGAAAACAGGUUUACCGAAAUAGACUAUGACUUUGCCAUCGAUGUCCUGAAAAUGUGGACCGAUUUUGUAAAGUUUGGUAAUCCACAUAAAGAUUGGCCUAAUUUUUUGGACAAAACUACUGGUGCUAUCAAAAUCAUAGAUCUGACACCCGAUGAUACAACAACACGUGUUUUGGUGAACCCGUUUCAGAGUACGUGCGAUGGUGUCUGGGAUUACUAUUUCUAG